AUGUCAUAUGUUGACAGUCAGAGCGUUUUCAAAGCAAGAUGCGAUGAGAUAAAGAUCACAGCGGCAACGUACGACGAGCUGCAAAGAAAGGGUUGGUCAACCUUUGGAAGUUACGCCUUUUCAGUGACGACCAAUCCUGGCCAGUUAACAGAUGAUGACUUCGAUACAAAAGUUGCAGUGCCUAUCCUGGGCAGUUCAAAUGCUCCGGAGGCGGCGUUGCUACGCCGUUUGCUCUUCGAAUCAUACACCCUGACUGCAACUGAGCUGAAGCGCAAAGCAGACAAUACAGAGAGCGACGCGCCGAAGAAGCUCCCCAUACAGGAGAUAGCGGCUAGGUUCACGGCAAUUGAGAAGAAGCUUCAGCCCCUGAAAAUUGAGAGUGUGAUGAAUGCUAUGAGAAGACGUGGGAUCGCAUACGAGCUGGCAAACCUCAUGAGUUUUGAGAAACGUGAGUUGAUAGUCAACAUGUUGUUCGCAGAGUUGCAAAGGGAGCCAAUGGAUGGUUUCAGGAAGCUCUCCAUGGCCCAACUUGCGGCUGCAGACCGAGAGAUUCACCUGAAGUUGUCUGAAAAGACACGAGCGGGUCUACCGCUUGGGCCGGCUGGUGAACUACCCCUUGACGUCCAUGUUCAAGCUGUCUUGGAGAUGCCAGCCAUCAUGUGGCUCCUGAUGCAGAAACCAAAGACCAACGCAGCGGUGGACAAAACACCGGCUCCUAGCAACCCUCAGCCGAAGCCAAAGAACAAGCCAUGGUCACCACCGAAAAGUGGCAAGUUUGACAAGAAGAACCGCCGCUUGUCGAAGACACCAAUGCCAGCUCAGCUACGAGGAGGCACUCCGGUGGAUUCAGAUGGAAAGUCGAUUUGCUAUGGUUACAACCUCGGAUCUUGCCACGACAAGCAGUGCAAACGUGGCCGACAUGUGUGCUGCCGUCCAGGCUGUCAGACGAGGGUUGAAACAAGCGAGGCCGAAAAGCCGGCUUCUGUCCCCACUUCUGCGAAGGCAGUACCGGGGAUUUUUCCUUCAGUGGAUAUCAUCCAGGAUGAACCUGUGUCCAACGUUGAGGUCGAGGGACUUGCAACGCCUUUUACACGUCAGCGAAUGUCAGCUGACACAAGUUUUGGGGGUGAGCCCCCGCUUGCAUGCAAGGGUCCAGCAGUUGAGGGCGCGAAGGCGCCGCCUUUUCUUUUGGAGCUUUUCUGUGGAACUGCAAGAGUUUGCGCUCAGUUUCGUACGCAAGGUGGAAGAGCCUUGGGUGUGGACCAUCACCUGAAGAGGGCCAAACUGAAAGCAGCGGCCGUUCAACUGGACCUAACCCAGCAGUGGGUACAGGAUCUCAUUGUGAAAGAGAUCACACUUGGCCGCAUCUCAGGCAUACACCUAGGACCACCUUGUGGCACAGCGUCCAAGGCCAGGAACAUCCCAAUAAAGAGGAAACUUGUGAAGAAGGGAGCUCCAAACCCUCAGCCUUUGAGGAGCUCUGCAUACCCAUUGGGCUUUCCGUGGCUGAAAGGGCUGAACAAAGUGAAAGUGCAGGCUGCCAACUGCCUGUACGAAUUUUCAGCCAACCUUGUGCUGCUGUGCGAGAAACAUGAUGUCUUGUUUACGGUGGAGAACCCUGAGAACUCCCUGAUGUGGGAAACUCCAUUUUUCAAACCUCUUUUGCAGCGUUUUUAUUUCCAUGUCAUUGAUGCCUGUGAAUACGGAUCCGAGCAUAAGAAAUCCACUGCAUUCCUUGCCAACUUCGAUGCCCCUAGGCUCAAACAACGUUGUUCUGGUGAUCACAGUCAUGCUGCCUGGAAGGUCAGGCAACUUGAAUCAGGUGACUGGGCCUUUGAUACGGCCAAAGCAGCCGAAUAUCCCAGCAAAUUAGCACAUGAGCUAGCGGCAUCUUUUCUGGAAGAACUGGCAAAGCGUGGAGACAUCCAUUUGCAGGAUGAACUAGUUGACCAUGCAGUGAAAAUUUCGGCUGAAUCACAGCCAAGACGUACCAAGGGGCCACUCCUCCUUUCUGAGUUCAAGUCGAAAGUGGCCAUUGAAUGUGUAGAAGAUGACAACCCGCCACUUUCCAUUCCAGAGGAUGCAAAACCACCGUGGCAGGGAAUUCCUGUUGGUGCGAAGAGACUAGACCUGCAGCCGGUUAUUGAUGAGAAAGGGGGUAGUGGUCGUCUGAAGGCAAUUUACGGGGUAUAUUUCUCCCCUCAGGAAUUUGUGCAGCGUGUGCAACAACUGACACAUCCAUUUGAUGUGCCGCUCCCAUUGGAUGAGUCAAACAUGGAAUCUAUUGCUUUCAUUUUGGAAAGAGGUCCUGCUGGAGUAGCAAAGCACAGAGCUGACAUGCUGCAGCAUUACAUUGGGCGUGCAAGAGCACUACAACAAGACGAGGCAAGGUUGCACGAGACGCUGAACGAGUCAAUCCAACCGGUGAUGGCGACCAAGUGGUGUUUCUUCUGGGCCUAUAGCAGCAGAGUGGCGUACGACGAAGUCCAGGGACUUGGUCGGGCGAUGCUUGGAUCUGAAGCAUGCCUACAAGCAAUUGGUGCGGAAUCCUGUGACGCUUGGGCGUCGAUCCUUGCUGUAGCGAAUCCAGCGGACAACAAUGUCUACUACUUCGAAGCCAUAGCCCUUCCCUUUGGAUCUGUUUCUUCAGUCAUUGGUUUUAACCGUGCUGCAAGAGCGUUGCGUAUGAUUCUGACACGUUUGUUCAAGCUUGUGGUUACAAACUUCUUCGAUGAUUUCUGCCAGAUUGAGCUUGCGCCUCUAUCCGAUGGAGCUUGGAAGACUGCGGAGUUGGUGCUCAGUCUUCUUGGAUGGAGAAUCUCCAUGGGAGAUGACAAACGAAAGGCUUUCUCGAAAAGGUUCGAGAUAUUGGGAGCUAUUGUGACCUUUCCUCCACCAGAGUGCAACCAUAGAAGUUACGAACAAGGGCACACAUACGGCAGAACGACGCAACUGGCCUGUCAACUUCUUCACAAAUUUGGAGGGCAAGGACCGUCAGUUACAGUGACACCGGAGUUGGUCCACGUUGUCUCAGAAGCUCUGUCGUUGCUGAUGGAAGCCAAACCAAGACUGGUGCAAUCCUGGUCUGAAGCACCGCCCUUGUUGCUAUUCACCGAUGGUGCAGUAGAAGACUCGCUGCAAUCUGUCACCCAUGGCGCUGUGCUUGUGGAACUGGUACAGCAGAGUGCCAUCAAAAAGCAAUCCAUCAGACAGUCAGUUCCUGACUACUCAAUGGCUUUGAAAGCCCUGGAGAACUCUUGGAAGCUGGUUGAGUUGAUUGAAAGGGGGAGUUAA